AUGUCGCUUUUCACCGAUAUAGUAAAGCAUAUCGCAUCCAUAUUAAGGCUUCUAUCACCUCAAUAUGAUGAAAAAAUUGCAUUAGAAGGUAUUCGGGAGUGUCAAAAAGGGCAAAAACGACUUAAGGAUGCUUUAAAGCGUGCUAAGACUAUUGGAAAAAAACAGCACAUUGAAGCAUGCAUGCGAAAUAUUAAGAGUCUUAGAAAUCAGCUGAAGGCUUCUAAACAGAGGGGAGCAGGGCUUACAUUAAGACCUGAAGGCGUUAGAGAACGUGUACAUUGGGAUGAUAUAGAGUCAGCUUUUGGGAGUCGCAUUCGAACAGGGUUGAUUUCCAACUUGAAACAUAAGGACCCCUUGGCUUUUUUGAAAGAUUGUAAGGCUUUAUUCAAAAUAAGAAUUCGAAAUGCUUUAAAGAAAGACGCAGCCGUUAAGGCGAAUGUAGCAUUCUGUGGAGAAUUCGAAAUAGUGAAAGGAGAUAGUGUACUUAAUGAGUACAAGCACUUUACCACAUCAAACUCAGCGAUCUAUAGGAAUACUAACCUUGAUGAAUGGUUUAAGAAAAACAUUACUAAUCCUAUCUUAAAGGAACUCGAGGAGUUCCAAGAACGUGAUAGUGGUUGGGCUCUUAAGAAGGUAGUUAACUUGGGGGUAAAUAUUAACAAGUAUACCCCACAGCUUGGAUCAUCGUACAUCGAUUUGCCUCUCCAAAUUAAGAAGAAACAUGCCUGUAUCAAUGUUAAAAACAACGAUCAAGCAUGCUUCGCUUGGGCAGUUACAUCGGCUCUCCAUCCAGUUUCUUUAGAAAAGAACUCAGGCCGUUUAUCAUCUUAUCCACACUAUUCAUCUGUUCUUAAAUUGAGAGGAAUCCAAUGGCCUAUGACUAUGAAGCAGAUUCCCAGCUUUGAGAAGCAGAAUGAUGUUUCAAUCAAUGUUUAUAUAUUUCAAAAGGAAAAGUCUAAAUUUAUGACACUACCCUCUUACCUGACUAAAAAUAAGCAGGAAAGACAUGUAAAUCUUUUACUUAUUCAGGAUAAAUAUUAUGAGGAGGGAGAUGAGGGUGAAAAACUUAACAGGCAUAUUGAGGACUGUAUAAGGAUUAAUGAAACAGCUAUUAAAAUGCCUGAACAAGGGAAGAAUAUUUUAAAAUUUAAAAAUCAUAAGAAUAAGGAGAAGGCUCCAUUCAUCGUAUACGCUGAUUUGGAAAGUGUUCUGGAACGGACAGACAACCCGAAGAAGCCACAACAUCACGUUCCAGCUGCCGUUGGAUACUAUAUGAAAUGUUCAUACGAUGAUAGUCUCUCUUUUUUUCGAUCAAACCGUGGUCAGAACUGUAUGCAGUGGUUUGCCGAUGAGAUGAAUAGUUUAGCUGAAAAUUUGUCAACUGUAUUUUGGUGCCCCUAUGAUAUCAAUAUGACAUUUACACAAGAACGUAGCUUUCGUCUGGCAAAAUGUUGUCAUAUCUGCGAGCAGCCAUUUACUUUUGAAGAUAAUAAAGUACGAGAUCAUAACCAUCUAAUUCCUGAAAACAAUUAUCGCGGAGCCGCACAUAAAGGUUGCAAUAUCAAUUAUAAAGAUAGUCAUGUGGUGCCUGUUGUUUUUCAUAAUCUCAGCGGGUAUGAUGCUCACUUUAUAAUUACAGACAUAGCUACGAGAAUGAAGGGGACGAUCGAUCUAUUACCCAUUACCCAAGAAAAAUAUAUUAGUUUUACUAAACACAUCGACGAAUACCCAAUUCAAUUUAGAUUUAUAGACUCCUUCAGAUUUAUGGCUUCUUCUCUUGAUAAGUUGGUCUCAUAUAUGUCAGAGUUCCAAAACUUGAAAUCACAGUUUUCUGAAUUACCCGAUGAUCAGUUUAAGCUAUUAACGAAAAAGGGUGUGAUGCCAUACGAUUACAUUAAUUCAUUUGAACGUUUUGAUGAAACUAGUCUACCAUCCGUUGAAAAAUUUUAUAAUAAGUUGGAGAAUAAGCCCUGCCCACGCAGACACUAUCUAAGAGCUCAACAUGUAUGGUCAGCGUUUAGUUGUCAAAGUUUGGGUGACUAUGUGGACUUGUAUAUGAAGACUGAUAUAAUGCUACUUGCUGACGUCUUUGAACAGUUUCGCACCAGCUGCAUUAAAACGUAUGACUUAGAUCCAGCUCACUACUUUACAUUACCAGGAUUUACGUGGGAUGCUAUGCUUAAGUAUACUAAGCAAGAGUUAGAACUGCUUACCGAUCUAGACAUGUUCCUCUUUGUUGAAAAGGGGAUUCGUGGUGGUCUUAGUCAAGUAUGUUCUAAAAGAAGAGCUAGAGCAAAUAAUAAAUAUGUUAACAACUACGACCCCAGCAAGCCUCAAACUUUCCUAAUGUAUUUUGACGUAAAUAAUCAGUACGGGUGGGCAAUGUCUCAAUGCCUACCAUACGGAGGCUUCGAAUGGACAGAUCCAAAUCUCGAUGUAACCCAAAUUCCCGAUGAUGCUGUCGAAGGGUAUAUCCUAGAGGUAGAUCUCGAAUAUCCCAAGGACAAACACGACAAACAUAGUGAUAUACCAUUCUGCCCUGAGCAUAUCAACCAUAAGACCGGUGAGCCUCCAAAGGACUCGCAAGAGAUAACCAAACUGAUGGCUACAUUGGGUGAUAAGAAAAAAUACGUAAUUCAUUAUCGCUCACUAAAGGAGGCGUUAGCUAAUGGUUUGGUAUUACGCAAAAUACAUCGGGUCCUUAAAUUUAAACAGGCGCCAUGGCUAAAGUCCUACAUAGACCUUAACACUGAGCUGCGUAAGAAAGCUGCGAAUGAGUUUGAAAAGAAUUUGUUCAAGUUGAUGAACAAUGCAGUCUUUGGUAAAACUAUGGAGAAUAUACGGAAAAGGGUUAAAAUUAAGCUCUUAACCAAGUGGAAUGGUCGAUAUGGUGCUGAGGCUUAUAUAGCGAAACCGGAAUUUAAAAACUGCACAAUUUUCUGUGAAAACUUAGUAGCGAUUGAGCUUCGUAAACUUCAGAUCUGGUUGAACAAACCAAUAUAUGUGGGGCAAGCUAUACUCGACUUGGCGAAAACUACCAUAUACAACUUUCACUAUGGCUAUAUGGUUAACGCUUUCCCCGAUUGUACUGUUAUGUAUACCGAUACAGACAGCCUCAUCUAUGAGCUGCUUCAAGAUCCUUAUAAAGUUAUGAAGCGAGACUGUCAUCAAUAUUUUGAUACAUUUGAUUAUCCUGUUAAUAAUCAAUAUGAUAUCCCCCUUGUUAAUAAGAAGGUGUUGGGUAUGCUGAAAGAUGAGAACAACGGUGUUCCGAUGACAGACUACGUAGGGCUCAGAUCUAAACUAUACUUAACUAAGGUGUUGCAAACGGAGGAGAAUGUAACAAAAAAUCGAAAAAAGAUGCAGGAUGCUGAGUAUGAUGAUGAGGAAAUAGAUGCUGAAAUUAAAAACAUGGGUAUCACUAAAAAGGCAAAGGGUGUAAAAUCUUUCAUCGUAAAAACAGAGAUUUCAUUUGAGGAUUAUGUUGAAUGCCUUGAUAGUUUGAAACAAAAAAUAGUUUCCCAAAAUUUAAUUCGGUCUGAGAAGCAUCAGGUGCAUUCUAUAAUACAACAGAAGAUUGGUCUUUCAUAUGAGGAUGAUAAACGGUACCUUAUCCCUGGAACAUAUAAUACUCUGCCCUGGGGACAUUAUGCAAUACCAUCAACUUCCUCGAAAAAAAAAUAUGGAUGUAGAUAUAGCCAUUGAGCCUGUUUGUCAGUUUAAAUAAUCAAUAUUUAAGGAUCAUGUUAAAAUUUACCCCAUUUGGAUCUUAUUCUAGUACAUUAUGUAUAUAAUAUAAUGCAAUGUAA